AAUCGACUCAAGUUGGGAAAUACUACUAUAAUGAACGAAGAUUCCUUGAAGGUAUGUGGAUAUUCAGUAUGGAUUGAUUGCGUAUGACUCGGACAGGGACACAUGUCACCGGCCGCAGGCCUCCCUCGACUCAAUCAGCAGCUGCAAUUGCGCUGCAAGCCGGCAAAGAGUAGCAACUCGCUGCUCACUUCUUUUGGAUCCUUGUCAAGCGAGCUCUCGGAUAUGUCAGAGGCUGGCCGGCUACUCUGCGUGCUGCAGAGCGAGUCUCGGACAGCUCGGGCGAUCUACGGACUGAUUCAGGUAACCAUGCAUGGGUUGCUUCGCGAUAUCAAUCCGUCGUUAUUUGCGGUCGUCUUGGCAGUGACAAUCGUGAUCUCGGAGUCUCAACCAUCUGAGGUGAGCCUUUUGAACGUGGCUGCCUAUUGCUUGCUCUUGACUUGCUCCCCUCAUCAUGGCAACGCCCAAAACAUCUGUCCUUGCUCGUGGAUGUUUCGCAUAGUGGACCCGGUAAGCGUGUCAUUCAUCAGGUAUUAUGAUGGCCUCACAUCAUAGUGGGUGGAUGUGUGGACGAACGUUGGAACGAGCGCGAGCAGGCGGGCGGGUGGACUAACGAGCAACACGAGGGUCGUCGUUGGGCGCGUUGUUGGCGGGCUUUCAAUUGCGCCUCGCGUUUGGGCGAGGGAUCUCCGG